GGAAGAGGGGAGGACUCCUCAACAGACAAUGGACGAACAUCCCGGCGCCGGAGGGGGGAUCAUGGCGGGGGCUACCCCGCGACCUCAACAGCAGCCACUGCCGCCCAUUGGAGGCAACGUUAAUUCCCAGCUGCUCAACCAGGGCUGCGUGGGGUCUAACAGCGGCGGCGGCGGCGGGACGGCGGCUCAGGAAGCGGCGGGGCCCGGGAGCGGUUCGGAGCUGUCCCGGCCCCAGCACUACACUAUCCCGGGAAUCCUGCACUACAUCCAGCACGAGUGGGCCCGCUUCGAGAUGGAGCGCGCUCACUGGGAGGUGGAAAGGGCCGAGCUUCAGGCUCGGAUAGCAUUUUUGCAAGGCGAGAGAAAGGGUCAAGAAAACUUGAAGAAAGAUUUAGUAAGAAGAAUAAAAAUGUUAGAAUAUGCAUUAAAACAAGAAAGGGCAAAAUACCAUAAACUAAAAUAUGGCACAGAAUUGAAUCAAGGUGACUUGAAAAUGCCAACUUUUGAAUCAGAAGAAACCAAAGAUACAGAGGUUCCUACAGUGCCUCAUAAUAGUCAGCUAACUUGGAAACAAGGCAGACAGUUGCUAAGACAAUAUCUUCAAGAAGUAGGUUACACGGAUACAAUAUUGGAUGUACGAUCACAGAGGGUGAGGUCUUUACUUGGACUUUCCAAUUCAGAACCAAAUGGCUCAGUAGAGACAAAAAAAUUAGAACAGAUUCUUAAUGGAGGAGAAUCUCCCACAUCAAAACAAAAGGGACAAGACAUGAAAAGGAACCCCAGUGAUGUUCUUGAAACAUUUAAUUUUUUGGAAAAUGCAGAUGAUAGUGACGAAGAGGAAGAGAAUGAUAUUAUAGAAGAUAUUACAGAAGGAAAAGAAAAACAUCGGAUGAAUAAAAAGCACAAAAUUGGAAAUGAAGGACUAGCUGCUGACCUUACUGAUGAUCCAGACACAGAAGAAGCUUUGAAAGAAUUUGAUUUCUUAGUAACAGCAGAAGAUGGAGAGGGAGCAGGAGAAGCACGGAGUUCAGGGGAUGGGACAGAAUGGGACAAAGAUGACCUGUCCCCAACUGCUGAGGUUUGGGAUGUAGACCAGGGACUAAUAAGUAAACUGAAGGAACAGUACAAGAAGGAACGAAAGGGGAAGAAAGGGGUAAAGAGGGUCAACAGGACAAAACUGCACGACAUGAUAUCUGAUCUGGGCGAUGAUGAGCUACCCCACAUCCCUUCAGGAGUCAUUAAUCAAUCUAGGCCACCCUCUUCUAGAAUGACUGAUCAUGAAGGUGCAAGAGCAGAGGAAGCUGAGCCUAUAACGUUUCCAUCUGGAGGGGGCAAGUCGUUUAUUAUGGGUUCAGAUGAUGUAUUGUUAAGUGUACUAGGCCUUGGGGAUCUUGCAGAUUUGACUGUGGCAAAUGAUGCAGAUUACAGUUAUGAUCUGCCAGCCAACAAAGAUGCUUUUAGAAAAACAUGGAAUCCUAAAUAUACAUUGCGCAGCCAUUUUGAUGGAGUGCGAGCAUUAGCUUUCCAUCCUGUGGAGCCUGUGCUGGUUACAGCCUCUGAGGAUCAUACCCUAAAACUUUGGAACUUACAAAAAACAGUACCUGCCAAAAAGAGUGCCUCAUUAGAUGUGGAACCUAUUUACACAUUCAGAGCCCAUAUUGGACCUGUGUUAUCCUUGGCAAUUAGUUCUAACGGAGAACAAUGUUUUAGUGGUGGUAUUGAUGCAACUAUUCAGUGGUGGAAUAUGCCUAGCCCUAAUGUGGACCCUUAUGAUACAUAUGAGCCAAAUGUUCUAGCGGGCACAUUAAUUGCUCACACGGAUGCUGUUUGGGAUCUCGCUUAUAGUGGUAUAAAGAAUCACUUACUAUCUUGUUCAGCAGAUGGCAGUAUUAGGUUGUGGAAUCCACCUGAAAAAGUGUCCUGCAUUUGCACUUACAAUGGAAAUAGAGAAUAUGGAAUACCCACAUCAGUUGACUUCAUAGGCUGUGAUCCUGCCCAUAUGGUGACAUCAUUCAGCACUGGCAACACUGUCAUCUAUGAUUUGGAAACAUCCCAGUCACUGGUAAUGCUGUCCUCACAAACAGAUUCUGGAUUGCAGUCAAGCAAUCACAUUAACAGAGUAGUAAGUCAUCCUACGCUUCCUGUAACAAUAACAGCUCAUGAAGAUAGACACAUAAAGUUUUUUGACAAUAAAACGGGUAAAAUGAUCCAUUCGAUGGUUGCUCAUUUGGAUGCUGUCACAAGCUUAGCUGUGGAUCCUAAUGGAAUCUACUUGAUGUCUGGAAGUCAUGACUGCUCUAUUCGAUUAUGGAACUUGGACAGCAAAACAUGCGUGCAAGAAAUAACAGCCCAUAGAAAAAAGCUGGAUGAAUCCAUUUAUGAUGUAGCUUUUCACCCAUCAAAAGCAUACAUUGCAAGUGCAGGUGCCGAUGCUCUUGCCAAAGUAUUUGUGUGACACAGCAAAGCAAGCCUGCACCUUUGUAGCAGGUUUGCCUGGACAAAAAGAGGGUAUGCAUCACUGCCAUCACUGUAAAGGUUACUGAUGACACUACAUGUAACCAGCCUCAGCAGAGACUGUGUUUGGGGCAGGUAUAAAUUGGUCAGAUUGCAAUCUCAUGAAUAAUACUGGGCUGAUUCAUUUAACUGU